GAAAGCAUUCUAUGUUUAUUCAAAACAAGUAGAGAGAAUGAAAGAAUCUUUUGAAAUCGAAACUCAUAUCGCCAAUCAUUUAUUGUUACUUAAAGAAAUGACUGAUGAAGUGUUGAAUACUCUUGAAAAUUAUGUCAAUGAUUUCAUUUUACUACAACAUGGUAUUAUAAGUUAUAGAAUACUUUUUCCAGAACAAUUGCUUCAUGAAUUAUCAAUUAUAUCUUCAAAGUUCACUCUUCCAAUUUCUCUUAAUAUUGAAAAUGUUUAUCUUUAUUAUAAAAUCAUGAAUUUAAAAUCAUUUCUAACAAAAGACUUAUUAAUUAUUGCUUUUGAGAUACCUCUUGCUUCUCUUGAAAAACUUGACAUUUAUCACAUGUUGUCAUUACCUACCCCACACAAAAAUGAUAAUACUUUAUUUUCCUAUAUUGAACCAUCAAAAUCCUUUCUCCUUAUCUCCCAUAUGAGAACUAGUUAUUUGAUGGUCGAUACUUUGGCAAAUUGUGAAGAAUACCAUCCAAAGGAAUGGAUAUGCAAGAAGAUGCCUACCCUCAGAAAGACCGAUGCUGCAUGUGAAGUUCAAUUAAUAUCUGCUGUGAGAAAAUCAAUUCCAAAGUCAUGUAACACAAGAAAUUUAACUGCUGACGCUGAAAUCUGGCAUGAAAUCGAUAACAAUCUAUGGUUAUUUUCUGUUUCUACUCCAACUCAACUAACGGUUAUUUGCGAUGAAGAUCCUUUGAAAAAUGAAGUUAUCAAGCAAAUGGGAACCUUAGAACUUAAUCAAAAUUGUAAAGCCUUCACCAACCAAGUCAAUCUUGAAACCAAUUCUAUUUUGAUGUCUACUAAUUCAAGUUUUGAAAUUCCUUCUACAAAUAUAGUCGACGAUGACUGUUGUGAAAAAUUAAAAGAAAAUAUUACUCUGAACUCCAUACAUUUGGAACCUCUCAAAUUCACACAAAUUAAUCUUCAUGAGUUAAAAUAUGCUCAACACAAACUAAGUGAAUUUGAUGAGCAACUUCAACAACAACUGAAUAAACCCUUUGUAAUCCAACAUUCAUCAUGGCUUCAAACAAUAAUACUUGGCUUGAUCACUCUCAUCAUUGGUUACAACAUUCUAAAAUGGUGUGGUUUCCUUCAAUUCUUAAGAAGAUACCUCUGCUGUACCAAGGAACCCAGAGCAAUCGAAGGAAGUCCAUGUUUCCAGAUAUUCAAUCAAUGCUGUACAACGCCAGUCGAGCAACCAAUUCCAGUCCUCUACGAUGUAGAGUUAGAGCGUCUCAACUACCCUAAACCUUCUACUUCACGUCCUUCUGAAGAUGCCAUCAGCACCGGAUCCCAGUCAAUGAGAAGAUCCAAGAGACUCCAAGGAAUCAAGAUUAAUCCUUUAUAACUUUAUUUUCAGCUUACCUUGAACUUUUGAAAAGAAUCUUGAAUCUUAAUAAUCUCAACAUAUUUUUAUAUUUUAAUAACAUUCUUAAUUUUCAUGAUAAUUAAUGUUUUCAUAUUUAAUAUUUUAAUUCUGGAAAAUGACAUGUUUUCUUAUUUUAUUGACUCAUUUGUUAUUUAUAAUAUUUCUAUAAAUGUACCGAUGUACCAGCUCCAUAACUCAGAUAUUUUUAUGUUUUGUAAGGUGAUCUGUUGCUUCUAGAUUUUUGCUCUUUAUUUAAAAAAUGUAAUCAAAAAUCUUUUUAGGGGGGAGGUGUUGGCAACCCCUAUAACAAUAAGCCUAUUCAUUAUUACUUUCUGCUGACAGCAGCAUUUAUCAUAUCAAUAUAAAAGAAGCAGCACACCGCCAUUAAAUCAGUUCAGAUCUUUCAUACGACGAGUUCAGAUAUUUCACCCGUACAGAUCAGUUCCGAUCUUUCUUUCCAUCAGUUCAUAUCUUAUCUUUCCGCCGAGUAGAUAAUCUAGGUCGUUAAUAAAUAUCGUUCUACAUAAUAUUUCGUAUUCUUCCUUAACGAGUGCAUCUCCUAAAAACCCUAAUAAGUGAAAGUUAAGUGUAACUACAAGUGAACUCAACCCAUCAUCGCAUCUACCCUCAGCAAACCCUUUUCUUCUCAUCUCAUCAAGUUUUACGGAGCUUUCCUUAAUAAAGCUGCCCUGGUGACAGCAAUCCUGCUAUUCUUUCUUCUACAUCGUGCAUUAUUCCAAAGAGGAAUACAACAAUAUAUUCAAAAUAAUCACUGGAAAUAUAAGAAAAAGAUGCUGAAUGAACAUAAUUUCAUCAUUCCAAUAAAAGAGAAAUAACCGUAUAUAUCCCAUAAUAACGACAUUUUCUGAAAUAGGAAAAGUAGUGACUUUCGUCCAGAUCAGAACCUAUCUAAUGCGGAAAUAUCUAAUAUGUUUUUAUUGCAGGAUUGAAUGAUUACAAAUUGUCUCCAAAUUGAACAGGAAACGAAAUGUACUAGGAAGAAAUGAAGAGAGUGACUUUCAUGUUGAGAUGUUGGGAGAAACCUUGAAACUAUGAAUCAUUUAUCAAAAUAGAGUGUUAUAGGCUAAAUGAUUGAAAAAUAAUCGGAAUAUAUUGGUUCCUAUAAUCCUAUUGAAUUCUUAGAAACCUAGAUGAAUCGAAAAAUACUAUGUUAUUCCAGAAAAGCUGUUGAAUCACACCUUUGACGGCCAUGUCUUCUUCACACAAAAGUAUAAGAGACUGUAGCAAUAUUAAAAACUAUAUAAUGUGGUUAUUAUUAUGUACAAUUUGUAUUUUGAUUUCAUAUGCUGUUUCUCUCAAUUGAAAUAAAUAUACAAUCUAACAAGAACAGGUGUUUGUCAUUUUUCAUGAUUCACGAACUGGUAAUUUCAGUAAUAUUGAGUUGUUAUAGGCUAUCUGCAUUAAAUUGAGAAUUGUGAAAUAAUUUUCAAUAAUGAAAAGUUCAUAUUUAGCAAUCCAAAUUUUAAAAUGACCCAAAUCUGUUGAUGUAAUUGAAAUGGAAUAAUCGUUGAUUCAACUUUUUCUUUCCCUUUUUAUCUUCCAUUUCAUUGAAAGGCAGAAAAUUGAAUAAAUGCUUCCAAAUCAUAAUACAUAAAAUAUCUCUCAUUCAAAGAAUCCCAAAUAUUUUUUAUAAUCUACGAACUGAAGA